ACUUACGCUAUGCGGGCGAUCCUAUUCGCCGCACUGCUCUUCCUGCGAGUGAUCGCUCUAGCCAGGGAACCUUCAAAGUUUGAACACGGCAGAAGCUUCCUCGCAGACGACAAAGCGCCUUCGCUGAAUGUGUCGUCAUGUCCAGGAUAUGUUGUCGCGUCACAACAAGAGACCCACAAUGGCCUGACGAUCCAGCUUACGCUUGCCGGUCCGGCCUGUAGCGCUUUCGGCCACGAUGUUGCCAAUCUUACCGUUGAAGUCACCUACGAAACAACGACGAGACUGCACGUCAACAUCUACGACACAGAACAGAGACAAUUCACUAUACCGCCGGACGUCGUCCCUUUGUCGGCGGGAGAGGAUGACGCGACUUUGCCAACGGGUGCUGACCUCGAGUUCCACCACAACACGCACCCUUUCGAGUUCUGGGUGACGCGACGGUCCGAGCCAGACGCUACCCCUCUGUUCGACACGCGCCUUCAGUCCCUUCCGCCGACGCCAAUACCGGCCUGGGUACCAGGGGAUAACUCCACUGCGUUUGACGGAUUCCCGCUCGUGUUUGAGGACCAAUACCUGCAACUCACCUCGGCGUUGCCGCAUGGUGCGAACGUCUAUGGUCUCGGCGAAGUCCUUGCUAGUAGCGGCUUCCGACGAGAUGUGGGCACCGAUGGCGGGUCUGGGACUCUCCAGACUUUCUGGGCACGAGACAGUCCGGAUCCUAUAGAUGAGAACAUCUAUGGGUCGCACCCCAUCUACCUGGAACAUCGGUACGAUGAGAGCACCAGGCGCUCAAAGUCGCACGGUGUCUUUCACUUUGGCGCUGCAGGGUCAGACAUCCUGCUACAGACUCCGCCAUCUUCGCCCGUUUCGUUGAUCCAGUACCGGCUGGUUGGGGGCACACUCGACUUCUACUUCUUCUCUGGACCCAGCCCUCAGGAGGUGAUCGAGCAAUACGGCGAGCUCAUCGGCCUGCCCACUUGGCAGCCCGCCUGGGGCUUCGGCUUCCAGCUUUGCCGAUGGGGAUACGCCAACGUCAGCGAGACGAGAGAGCAAGUGGCAAAGAUGCGAGAGGCGAACAUUCCACUGGAGGUCAUGUGGAACGACAUCGACGUGUAUCACGCGCUUCGCGACUUCACGACCGACCCCGACAGCUUCCCUGCUGACCAGUUGAAGGACUUUAUUGCCGAGCUGACGGCCAACCACCAACACUAUAUUCCCAUAGUGGACGCUGCGAUCGCGAAGCUCGUCAAUGAUUCCGACGUGUAUGACCCUUACACAAGAGGAAACGAGCUGGACGUAUGGCUGAAGAACCCCGACGGCACAGAGUACCUUGGGCAGGUUUGGCCAGGAUACACGGUGUUCCCAGACUGGUUCGCGAACAACACCCAGGCGUUCUGGACCGAAGGCCUCCGCAACUGGUCUAAUUCAGGUGUGAACUUCUCGGGGAUAUGGCUGGACAUGAACGAGGCGUCAUCGUUCUGCAUCGGCUCAUGCGGAACCGGAGCUAAUCUGACCGCUGCUACAAUUCCGACGAUGUUCUUCCCUGGCACGCCAGGGAACCUGGUAACGGACUAUCCUGAAGGCUACAACGCGACCAUCUGGGGGCCGAGUGGAAACAUAACCAUAAAUGGCACGCUGACGUUCGGGAACUCCUCCUCCCCGCCUCCGGCACUCGCGAAGAGAGGCCUCGGAGAAGCGGCGGAGCCCGGCGUGAACCUCAACAGCCCUCCAUAUGCACUGCACAACGCGGACGGCUUCUUGUCGACCCACACGGUCUCGACCAACGCCACACAUGCGAACGGGCUGGUCGAGCUCGACGUGCACAACCUGUGGGGCCUGAUGGAAGAAAAAGCGACACACCACGCCCUGCUCGACGUGCACCCAGGAAAGCGUCCGUUUCUGAUCAGCCGCUCGACGUUCCCUAGCUCAGGCAGGUACACCGGACAUUGGCUCGGCGAUAACAUCAGCAAAUGGCAGUACAUGGUGCAGAGCAUCCAGGGCGUGCUCCAGUUCCAGCUCUACCAGAUUCCCUUCGUCGGCGCGGACACGUGCGGGUUCCAGGGCAACACGGACGAGGAGCUUUGCGGGCGCUGGAUGCAGCUCUCUGCGUUCAUGCCGUUCUAUCGAAACCACAACGUUCGGAGCGCGCUUUCGCAAGAGCCGUAUCGGUGGGAGAGCGUGGCGAACGCCUCACGCACGGCAAUCGGCAUCCGAUACAGCCUACUACCAUACUGGUACACACUCUUCGCCAACGCGUCGCUGCGCGGGAGCCCGCCGGUCCGUGCGCUCUUCUACGAGUUCCCCGACGAACCGGAGCUGUUCACUGUGGAUCGCCAAUAUCUCGUCGGGAGAGAUCUUCUGGUCACCCCCGUUCUCACUCCAAACGUCUCCACGGUCGACGGUAUCUUCCCUGGGCAAGGACGCGUCAUCUGGCGGGACUGGUACACCCACAAGGUCGUCGAUGCGGCCAUCUCGGCGAACACGACGCUCGAUGCGCCCCUCGGGCACAUUAACGUCCACAUUCGGGACGGCUCUGCCCUUCUGCUGCAUGCCAGUCCGGCGUACACGAUCGAAGAAACGCGUGGGGGUCCGUUCGCACUGCUCGUAGCGCAGGCCGCCGACGGCUACGCCUUCGGAACGGCAUACCUGGACGAUGGGGAAACUGUUCCGCCGACGCCCAACACGACACUGAAGAUCUCCGCACGCAAGGGCACUGUCUCAGUUGUUCCUCACGGUAAUUUCAAAGUCGUGCAAACUCUAGACAAGAUCACCGUUCUCGGGGCGUCUGACGUUUCGCCUACGGAGGUUUCUGUCAACGGCAAGCCCGUCAAAAGCUGGGAGUUCGACUCCGAGGUCCAACGGCUCGUAGUCUCGGCGAUUCAUGUCGAUCUGAAUGUACCUGCGACGGUGUCGUGGAAGUAGUCGCGGAUUGUAGCGUUCUGUUGUAUUGUCUCGAUAUG